GCUCUCUCUCUCUCCCCCCGCGCUUAUGAAGCAAACUUCAUACUUUUGUAGUAGAAACAAGAGAUGCCAUCUAAAACGGAAGAGAAGGUAGUAGUGCAAUGGCUGACAGGCUGUGUGAAGCUGAAGGGUAAGCCGGAUGCGAGGGCAGCAAUGCAAAAGCUGCGAAGUUGGAGAUCGUUGGCAGGACGUACGCUGUGUCGCUAUUUGUUUAACAAACUCAAGGAAAGAUCAGGGAAGUGCAGCCAGCAGCCAAUCGGAGGGGCAAAUCUGGCUGGUUUAAUGAAACAAGAAGCCAGCCUAAUAACAUGUGAAGCAGAUAUUCCACGCAGGUUUUGCCGGGAUUGAAGAUAUCAAGGUUUUGGACUUGGCAACCUCUCUCUCUUGUGUGAUAGAUAAGCUAGGCCAUACAUAUCUUCACAUGUUGGUAGUUUGCAGUAGAGAUCUGAAGAUACCAGGGGACCACAGCCAUGAUUUAUCCUAUGCUGUCCAUCCUCGUUACAAUCCCGACUCUGGGAUCUGCCCACAGCCUCAGAAAAGUAAACUGGCGUUUAAGCAUCCAUAGUUCUUGGACGGCUGGAUCUCAAAGCCAGGAUCUUCAUUCAUUCAUUCAUUCAUUCAUCCCAUCGACACAGAUGCACAUGGAAAUGACGCUAUUGCCGCCUCUGAUGCUACUUCACUGGCACUGGGGAUGGAAUCAAACGCAGGGAUCCCAGAUCAGGAGGACCAGCCAUCAGCAGCAGCCAAAUAAUGUGAUGCCGCCAUGUUUGCAUCUGCACUGGCCAUGGCCAGCGAGCACGAGCACCAUCAAACUGGCUGGCUGGCUGGCCGGCCGUGGCUCACAUGCGCACACACUGAUACACCCAUCAGCUGCUGGCCGCUAGCACCGGCCCGGCCGGCCGGCCAAGGCAAUUUGCAAGCUCCACUCCGGUCAGAUCUGUAUCUACUUGCAGAUGCAGAUCAGGUUGGCUUGUCAGUGGAGAGCAGUUUUCGUGCGCUUUCUCUCGGCUCAAGUCUUUAUCUCUUUUUUUUUUCUUGCCUCCUCUCAAGUGGAUUACAAGUAGUGGCAUGGUAAGCGAUUCCUUUUGUGGGGGGACGCGAGAGCGCAUCCCACUGGGUGGUGUUUCUGUGGCCAGAAUCAGUUGGGAGAUACCUGUGGGCACACCGGUGAUCUGGACAGACUCUGAGAUGAAGUGGACUUGCAUCUUAACCUGGGCUCUCAAUCCAUGUUGGUAUCCAAAGACUUUUUCUCCUUCCA